AUGGCGGCCACUGUGGUGUUGACCUUUGGUGUGUAUGGCACAUUGGAUUCCGUUUGGGGUCCACCCAUGAGCACUUUCAUUCCAUCCUUUGGGCUUUUGCGCAUGGACAUGGACUUCCUCUCCUUCUCGUGUGUGACGGGCCGCAAGUCCUUCAUUGCAGAGUACGUGGUGAAAUUGUUUGCCUUUCCCAUCACUGUUUGCGCCGUGAUCUUUGGGUCGUUCAUCUUGAGUCUCAUUCCGAAGCUGAAGCGCUAUGCCAGCUUUAACGCGUCGGCUGUUGUGAACUCUGCUGGCUUCUUGAUGUCUGCGCUCUUUGUGUCUGUGAGUCUGAUGAGCUUGGAAGGCUUCAGAUGCAAAUCGAAUCCAAAUGGUAAAUCCAUUCUGCAAGCCUUCGGUGCGAUGGUAUGUUGGGAAGGAGGCGAGCACAACACCCUAGUGAUUCUGAGUGUUUUUGCCAUCCUCCUCUUCCCUGUGAUGCAUCUCACUUUGACCGGCACCUUGGACCAAAACAACACGACGGCAUCAUGUUGCCUUUCGUGUGUCGACUACACUCGUGGGUCACGCCUACGCGUUGACCCGAACUGGGCUGAGGAUAUGCGUCCCUUUGCUUCGGUCCUCUCUCUGUGA